AUGUCGGAACGCCAGAGACGCGACACAUUCAUCGCGAUAGAGGGCCUCGACAGGUCAGGCAAGAGCACACAGACUGUUUUACUUGCCGAGCGGUUACAACGCACAGGUGUUGACACUAAGCUCAUAAAAUUUCCUGACCGUUCGACUCCCAUCGGGAAAAUGAUCGACGCAUAUCUUCGCUCGCAGGCCGAGCUCGAUGACUACGCAAUCCACUUACUCUUCUCCGCGAAUCGCUGGGAGCUUGCAUCUUCCAUUGAAAAUGCACUGUGCGCGGGCACGACCGUCAUAUGUGACCGUUUUGCCUUCUCUGGAAUCGCGUUUUCUGCGGCGAAGGCGCGCGAGGGGCUCUCAUACGAGUGGUGCCGUGCUUCAGACGUAUAUCUUCCUGCCCCAGACGCCACACUCUUCCUCAAUGUCUCCCCUGCAGCCGCAGCGGCGCGCGGCGGGUACGGGAAGGAACGCUACGAAACGGAGGACGUGCAGGCGCAGGUGUGCGCAGUGUUCGAUCGCAUCGGCGCGGAGGUCAAGGAAGCAGAAGGGACGUGGAUCACCGUUGAUGCGGAUGCAUCAACGGAGGAGGUUGCGCAAGCAGUCUGGGAAUUUGUGAAACCAUUUUCUUAUGGAACAGAACUGCCUCUGCGUAGACUAUGGGACCAUUUGCAGGAGGAUAAACGGCGAAACCCGGAGUUGUACUUAUAA